CAGCUGCGUGGUGUGUGACGGGUGCAGCAGAUGGCGCUACUGCAAGAAUAUCACCAGCAGGGGCGACCUCUGCAUCUGCGGCAAGAACCUCGCCUGCCUCGUUCCCGACGGUCAUGUCUUCCGUGACGACGAUGGUGGGUGGCUGGCAGCACAGCCCCAAGGAGGAACCUCGCCCAGGAUCAGCUGGGCAGAUGGUUGGCAGCCAGGUGGUGGUGCAGGCGGGAAAGGACAAGGAGGCCAACGCCAGCCACCACCUCACGACAAGACUGUCGACCUCAAGGCUGCCGCCGCAGCAGCUUACAGCAAGCUCAGCAAGGACGACCCGCUCAGGCAGCACUACGAGGCCCUCUGGCCAGAGCUCGCAGCAGCCAAGCCACCAGCAGACCAACCAGUCGCUGGAUUCAAGGCAGUGGAGGCAGCUGCUCGACGCUUGGACAAACUCCAGAAGAAAGUACGAUCGGCAGGGGAGCAAGUUGAGAGUGCCCAGCAGUACUUGGCUGAGAGUGAACGCAAGCUUCGUGAAGCCAUGGAAGCCCCCAUUGCAGCCGAAGAUGAGUUCGACAAGCUCAAGGCCACAGCCGGCAAGCAAGAGGCACCAGCUGAACCUGCAGCCGAGAAGCCAACUCUGGCAGCCCUCCUGGAGCAGUUCGAGCAUGAGCCUGACGACUUCCACAAGUGGUCCGAGCCCGACAAGGAGGUCUGGCGAGCAGCAAAGGCCAAGGGCGAGCGCAUGGCCCAGACGGUCAAGGAGCACGAGGAGGAGACGGCGAAGCACCUGCGACUACUGGAGGAAGAGACGGCCAGGCACCAGGAGCAGCUGCGCCAGCUCGAGCAGGUGCCACCACAUGCACUGAGGCAGCAGGGACAGCCGCCGCGGCUGCGCCCACCGGCGCCGCAGCAGCUGCCCAACCAGAAGCAGGCGCAGCAGAACAUGACAAAGCAGAAGGACAGGGACAUCAUUGGCAUCGCGGAGCACCACCUCCGCCAGCCUGCGCAGAUAAGCAAGGCAAGAGCGGCGCUCAGGAGGAAUGGCAUGCACAGCUACUGGACCAAGGCACGGCCAGGAGAAGGAGAAGGCACUCGAGGAGGCACGUGUGCCAUCACGCGAGGAUCCUUGGACAUCCAGGACAGGAUCGCGGGUUUCGAUGAGCACUACCUGCACGAGGACGGCAGUGACGUCACGGUGGUGAUCUCCAACCUGCACAAGGUCCGUUUCGCAGUGGCUUUCGUCUACCUUGAGUGUGGGACGGGCUUUGGAGAGAGGAACGUCGACAUCCUCUGCGACCUGCGGGAGAAGAUGGCCGUCUGGGGAGGGCCCUGGGCAGCGCUUGGGGACUUCAACAUGACGCCGUCGGAGCUCAACAACAGCAUUUGGCCCAGGGUGCUGAAUGCUCAAGUAGCUGCGGCGGAGGAUGGCGCCCCCACAUGUUUCCCAGCAGUAGGUGAAGCCAGGUGCAUCGACUUCGCGCUGAUCUCGCAGGGCCUGGCGCCGUAUUUCGACCAGCUGGAGCUGCUCAGGACCGUGCCGUGGAAGCCGCACAUCGGCAUCCGCUUGAAGUUGAAGGGGCGGCCUCUCAUGCUCAAGGGCAGGGUACUUCGCUGGCCAGCAGCCAUAAAGCCGCCAGUCACAGUCGAGAGAAUGCCGAAGUCCAGAGCCGCUUGCAGACGAGCGGCGCGCGGAGGCCAGGAGGCCAUGCGCCGACGUCAGCAAGCGCUGGCAGAGGCAGGAUGCGACCUGGACGAGAACGACAUGGAGCCAGUGCCGCAGCUGUACUACGACAAGGAGGUCCAGCACGUCAUCCCUGACGAGCUGUGGCAGGCCACCUCCGAGCGGGUCAGCGUGCGCGCCUACGACGAGUUGCCCCAGCACUUGCAGCACACAGUCGUCGGCAAUAUGAUGGAGCGGGACAUGCUGGACCUGGGGCAACAGUACGACCGCUUCGCAAGCACCCUCGAGCUCAGCCUGUGCGAGAGCAUGGGCAUCCCAGAGGAAGAGCGUGGACGACAUCUCGGGCACAGCAGGCCCCCGAGCUACAAGAGCGUGAGCAUCAAGGACACCGUCACCUCUACGCCAUGGGCAGGGGUCGACAGGAAGAUCCACGCGUGGUGGGCGGAGAUCUCCUCCUUGGUGCGGCAGCUCUCGCACCAUGAUGCCCGAGCGCAGGACGCGUCCUGGACCUCCGAGACGGGUGCAGCUUUCCAAGAGAUGAGGGCGAGGCGGCCUGGCCCAGAGAAAGAGGUAGGACGCAACACCAUGGACAUCCCAGAUCACGACCCCUUCGAGGAUGAGGAGGACUACUUGGAGUACCGCCAGGAGAUCGCAGACCAGGAGAACAGCGAUGGGUACCACCAGCACAUCGAGGGGCAGCAGGACAGCCUCGAGUUCGGCCAGACCGUUCGCCGUCGCGCAGCUGGGUCCGCCUUUCCCCCACCAGCAGGACGCAGCGCCAUGGGCGCCCAAGACCACGAUCCCUUCGAGGAGGGGGAGGACUGCUGGCAGUACCGCCAGGAGACCGCAGAUCAGGAGGACUGCGACGGGCACCACCAGAUCAUCGAGGGGCAGCAGGACAGCAUCGACUACGGCCAGACCGUUCGCCCAGAGGCAGAGGAGCCACGAGAUAUGGGCCUGCCCCCUCCAGACCUCUGGAAUGAUGACCAGCGCCAGCGGGAGCGGGAAGACUACGUGGCCAUGAGAGACGACCUGGAGUACUGGGCGGCCAUCUGGAUGGAUAACUUGGUGCAGCUCCCCACGGACAACAGCAACUGGAUGCAGAUAUGUGCGCCGCUCCUGGAGACCAUCUUGGGUGGCGGAGGCAACAAUGGCAUGGUGAGACUGCUCAGGCGUAGGUGCCAGCAGGCCGGCCUCAGCCACAUCAUCAGGGUCCGCACCCACAGCGGCCACCAGACGCAACAGCAGAUCAACACAAGACGGCAGCUCGCGCAGCAGCUCGCCCAGCCUGACCCAGGCAGGCUGAACAAAGAAGGUGCAGCCAAGGACCAGCAGCAGGCCCUCCUCACAGACCUGCACGCGAUAGCAGAGGGCGCCCUCGUGGACCCAGGGGCGAUCAGCAGGGCAGCAGAGGAGGUAAAGAGCAUGGCCAAGCUACUCACAAAGGCGGUGAAGAAGGCGUACAUCUACUGGGUGCACGACGCCACGGCAGGCAGUGCGAAGAUGGCCCACGCCUACACCAAGGCAGCGGAGCGCAGCCACCUGGAGGACAUCCUUGAGCACGAGGGCCAGGUCAUCAACCACCCGCAGCAGCUGGUGGACUUGCGCAAAGAGGCAUGGCAACGCAGGUGGACACGAGAUGCACAGAAGGCCGAGAGGAUCCAAGAGGCGCUGGCCAAGCUGAGGCAGGCUGCCUUGGCCCAAGAGAAUGCCCUCGAGCCCAUCAGCAAGGACAUCAUCGGCUCCAUCAUCCAGGACCUGAAGCGCAAUGCUGGCCAAGGAGCGGACUGGUGGAGGGCUCCAGAGCUCAAGGCCAUGGGCGCCCAGGGGCUGGAAGACUUCGUGCAGUGCCUGACCAGCUGUGAGCAACGGGCAGCGUGGCCGUGGCAAUUCUACUUGGUGCUGGAGCUGCUGUUGGGCGAGAAGCCAGGAAUCGGCGGUGAGCGCCCCAUCGGCCUCAUGCCCAUGCCGUACCGCAUCUGGAGCGCAGCCAGGAGGCCCAUAGUAGCCACCUGGAGCAAGGCAGCGGCGGGCUUCUGGGAUACGGCAGUUGCUGGCUCUUCAGCGCUACGAGUGGCAAUGCACAGACUGAUGAGGGCAGAAGCCGCCACGGAGAUGGGCUUUCAUGCAGCAGGAGUCUUCUACGACGCGGCAAACUUCUACGACAACGUAGGCCUCGACCAGCUGAUCGAGAAGGCCAGCGCCCUCCAGUGCCCGUUGCUGCCGUUGGCAAUGGCCGUGCAGAUGUACCUUGCGCCCAGGGCCAUCAUGGCCCACAGCCUCUUCUCGGGCAUCUUCGAGCCUGCCAACAGCAUGGUAGCUGGCUGUGGCCAAGCGGCCGACCUCACCAGACCGCUCUUGUAUGGCAUCCUGGAUGCAGCGCACAGGCACCACAUCUUCGUCGUCAUGCAGCAGUACCUGGACGACUUGGCCCUGCAGGUAGAGGGUGCGCGGCGGCAGGUCAUUGACCAGAUCAAGCACGUGGCAGCGCUGGUGCACGAUGGAUUCAAGCAGCUCUCGAUACCCAUCUCCGUCAAGACGGCAGUGGUGGCCUCGGACAAGGACCUCCAGGCAGAAGUCGCCAGCAUCCUGGACAGCCUGGGCACCCCCAACAAGCAACCAGGUGUAGUGUGCGACCUCGGCGUGGACACCAGCCUCGUCAAGCAGCUGCGGCGACCCACCCAUGCCGCGCGCCAGGCCAAGGCCAAGCAGAGGGUGGCCAAGCUCAGGGGCCUAGCGAAGACGGACGCCAGAGUCGCUGCAACAGCCAUCGGCGACCAGAUCAAGCAGUUCUGGCUCACCAUAGUCGGCCACCCGACGGAGCUCAAGAGGUACCAGAGAGGUUGGCUCCUGCUCUACGCCAAGCUGGACGCCCUGGAACCCAACCGCAGGUGGCAGCAGGCAGCCAUGCUGGAGACCAUAGCGGUGGCGGGCAUCUGGACCAGGGAGCGUCGCAGGGCGGCCAACCUCAACCAAGAAGGCGACGACACCUGCGCGAGAUGCGGCGAGGCGAUAGAGACAGAGGAACACCGCUACUACGCAUGCCCUGCCAACGCAGAGAUAGGGCACGGCAAUGACACCGACCUGGCGAAGAAGGCGAAGGACGCGCUGGACCAGCGGCAAGACCUGCACUUCUGGCUCCGAGGCAUCCCGCCAGCGGCCUGGGCAGCCAAGGUCGACCCAGGCGAGGACGCGGCGAAGGCGGCGCAGAUCUUCUGCACCAGCGAAGAGGCUCAGGCGGCAGCCCAGUCAGGGUACAAGGUUCGAGCAGGCUCUGUCUUCACGGACGGCUCAGGUGGUGCAGGGGAAACGGCCAAGGAAGUGGCCGCCUGGUACGGCACGAUCAGGGCACCGCACACGGUGCCACGGGCAGAGCUCACCGCCAUGAGCAAAGCCAUCGGGUACACCACGGCGGCGACAGCCAGGGGGCUCAACAUAGUCAGCGAUUGCAAGUGCGCCCUGGACGCACUCAAGCAGAUCCAGGACCCUGAGGGUCUGGGCGACAGGAGCACGAACUACGACCUCUGGCUCCAGACGAAGCAGCAGCUGCAUAAUAGCACGGACACCAUCAUGGGCCACCACAUCUCAAGCCACCUGAUUGAGCACCCAGCUGAGCUGGAGAGGUGGAAUGGUCCCACCUGGUGGGUCAUAGGAAACGAGAUGGCAGACAAGUACGCAGGCUGGGGAGCGGAGCAUGGAGCACUGGAUCCAGCCAUCAUCGCGCAGCAGCAGAUCAGGGACCAUAUCACCACGGCGGUGCAAAACCGGCUGCUGGCCAUCAACAUGGCGGUGGCGGUGGAGGACCCCAACAAGGCCCCUCAGCGUCCCAAGGCCAAGUGCCGAAAGCCGCAGACGGCGAGGGACAGGGCAGCCCAGCUGGGACACGACUUGCGCAAGCUACAUCCGCGAUGGUGGUGCGCAACGUGUCGCAGUGGCCCAGCCAAAGGACAAAGCAUCAGAGACUGGCUGGCAGAGACGGGAGAAUGCCUCGGGAAGUACGGCGGCCACCAGGACCAGCACGGCAACGUCUGGCUCGACUUCAAGGCGGUGCAGAUCGGCACGCAGGUGGUGCACGUCUCCCACAAGACGCAGUUCCCCCAUGGCUGGCUCUGGUGCGAGAAAUGUGGCGGCACCAGCUACCUUGGGGACCACAACAGCAGGAUCGUGGCAGGAGUGGCAAGGAAGCUGGCAAGGCCAUGUCGGCCCCCAACAGCAGCAGGGCGGCGGGUCUUGGCGGACAUGCAGAGGGGCAAGCUGCCAAGAGGAGCUAAGCCAGCAGCAGACUCAGCUGAUGAGGGUCUCAACGAGAUCACCAUGCCUGGUGAUUUCAAGCUCGGCCUGAGUAACCACGAGGCGAUCGACCUGGACGGGGACAGCUCAGAGGCAGGGGACCCGCAGCCAGCUCCACAGCAGCCACCCAGCCAUCCGCACUCUGUCGUCCACACCAGCUGGAGGCUCGUGGACCACAUGGAGGGCUACGCGGAGCAGUGGAUGAACAUGGUCGACCAAAAGGUCUGGGACGACAUGGACGACUGGAUGGAGCACUGCGUACCGUACCUCCUGGCCACCACCAAUGUGGGUGGCGGAGCGGACACGCAAGAGCAGACCAGGGCCGUCACCGUGCAGGAGCUUCAGCAGAUCAAGGAUUUCUGCGAAGAAGUCUGGCGCAACACGCACCGCACGCGACGGAGGCUCAUGAACAGGAUGCUUACCCUCCCGUACGGUACAAGGCAGCAGGCAGCAAGAGUGCACAUGGACGCCUUCCAGAACAGAAGGAACAACAUCCUAGCGCACAGCAUCCCCAGCAGCGAGCGCAGGCCGCUGCCGAGAACAGCGGAGGCCAGCCGAGAGUGGUCACCAGAGAACCUGGACGAUGAUGACGCGACCCCAGACAGUGAAGCCCCAGAGCUGGAGGGUGAGCCGAGCAACCGGGAGAUGGGGACCAUGGCAGGACCUGAUCAGAGGCACGACGCCAACAGCCUGAUGCAGACGGCUGUGCAGGUGGCAAUAACGCUGACCAAGCCAGUGGGGCCCGACCUGAUGAAGUUCGUGAGCGAAGCCGAUGAGGCCGGCCUGCUCCACCCAAGGCUUCGACACAGCCAAGGAGAAGCUGACCAGGACCCCGAGCAGGAGGUGGCGUGGCUCGAGAGGAACAGGCUCGAGCAGCUCAUGCAGUCGCUGGCAGGCUGCUGGAGCCAGAAAGAGGGCGAACAGGGCUGGCCAUCGUGGCAGGCUGCGUGCGUGCCCCAUGUGCUGAGGGCGCUGCAGACUGGCGUCUACCAGAGGCUGUUCAGCAACGUGUCAGGGCCGAGCCGCCAGCGCAGCCAGCGCCGAGCGGCGGAGGAGAUCUGCCGCCUGGCAUGGCUCAACAGCGGAGAGGCGCGCAGGCAGAUCCAGCAGCAGGACCCGAAGGAGGCAGAGCGGCGCAGAUCAAUGGCUGAGCAGUUCUUGGGACGGAGCACCAUGGACAUGGCAGACCUCGACCACUUCCUUGAAGAGGAGAACAGCGAGGAUUGCCUCCAGCAGCCCGUAGACAAGCAGGGCAGCGAUGACAGCCACCAGCAGAUCCCAGAUGCACAGCACAGCAUAGGGUACCACCUGGCAGACCGCAGAGGACCCCAGCGUGGCGAGGGGUUAGGCCACGGAGGACCCCAGCGCGGUGAGGGGAUAGACCGCAGUGCCAAUGGCAAGCAGAGGCUCGAGGCGGAGGCCCCUAACGAGCCCAGUGAGCAUGACGCGGACCUUUUGACCAACAGUGUGGUAGACAGGACCUCGCAACUAACAGAGCGGACCCAUACCCUGGGAAACCGACAGACUGAACGCGAGGGGGAGGGCUUGGCCCGCGGAAGCCACGUGAAGCGCGAACACAGCGAGUGGCAUAGUCGGGGGACCUCGCCCGAGCCAGUGGGCAGUAGCACCGAGGAUGGGGGCAGUGCGAGACUCGGCGUUCCCCCGCGUGGCGAGGGGUUAGGCCACAAAACUGCGCAGCCCGAGACGACGGCAGACUACGACGACACAGACCUGCAGCGGGACUUGGAGAAGUUUUUCGGCGAUUUUCCCCAGCGCGGUGAGGGGUUAGACCGCAUGGAACCCCUGCGCGGCGAGGGGCGAGGCCACGGCAAUCCCCUGCGCGGUGAGGGGGUAGACCGCAGUGCCAAUGGCAAGCAGAGGCUCGAGGCGGAGGUCCCUGACGAGCCCAGUGAGCAUGACGCGGACCUUUUGACCAACAGUGUGGUAGACAG